GCAGUGUUUUGCGGCGUGAGUUAGGGAAAGAGGAAGGGAGGCGAGGAAACAGGGAGAUGCCUCCGUUCUCUGGGAGGAGGAUGCGUAGAUCAGCCCAUUUGCAGUGGGAUUCUGGAGUGAAUUGAGGUGUUUCUGCCCCAUGGUGCUGCACCAUCACUCCACCACGCCCUCCUUGGAUGACAUCGCACUUAAUGGCCAUGGUUAUGAUGGCGCAGUGAGGGGUGAGCAUGCAGGAGGCAGAUAUCCAUUGCAAACGGCACGAUUUCUGCGCAUCUUUCCUGUCAGCCCUGGAGGCAGUCUGGUCGGAUGGCGUGGCGCCGCCCACUGUGCCGCACUGCAGUGACCCUGCCACAUGCUUGCUCUACGCAGAGGCCAACGUACUCGCGUGAGCUAUCUAUGGAACAGACAUGCACCGGCAUCCGAAUGGAACGACGCCCUGUGUGGUGUGUGUCUUCGCAUCGUGCAGUGGUCUUCUGCGGCUGGAUGAUCGGUUUCUGGUGGUUGCCAAAGCGACAUAUAGCAAGAGCGUCCAGCUGGCGAAAGCGGUGGGUGGACGGAUCAAGGUAAGAUAGCCCUUACCCGCCUUCCCACUGUGUGUGUCAGUGGUAUGAGGUGGCGUCGCGGCACAAGAGGGACCUCCGGAGACACAUGCACGACCCCCCACUAGACAAGAUCCAUCAGGUAGAUGUCUGCAUAAGUGCAACGUCUACCUGCGUAUGGAUGUAUGUGUGUAUCACCUAUCAGGUCCAGCGCAUCUGUGAGUUGGUGAUAGGCGAGGCCUCGCUGCUCGCCACGUGCCUCGAGCCGUCGCUCUUCACCAGCCACCGCACACGUAGGCAACGAGGGAGGGAGGGAGCGAGGGAGCGAGGGAGCGAGGGAGCGAGGGAGCGAGGGAGCGAGGGAGGGAGGGAGGAGGGAGAGGGACAACAAAAAAGAGGUAUCCUUGGCUUCAGCUAUACAGGCGCUGCGCAAUCUGACGCGAUUUGUGUCUGCCCUUGCCAAAACGCUCAACCACUUUGACGAGGCACACCGUCUGACAGACCACAAAGCUCACCCGAAGUAGCGAGACGCCACCACGGACAGAGAAGAAGAAAACGGUUCACGUGCCCUCUGUGUAUACUCAGUCCGUCUGCUGGUCGGGGUGGCAAGCUGGCGGCAUCAGUGGAGUCUCAGUCCACCGCCGCCCCUCUGUCGACGUCGAGCCCCCAGGGCAGCCCAAGAGGCGACUCUGACACAUGGAACAGGGUGGAGAACGACCUCAUAGCGAGCUCUGCAUUCGUCAAAGGUCGGCUGGCACAAUGCUGAAAACGGAACGAAGGAACGAGACGUUGGAUGGUGUCUUUCAGGCAUGAUGAACGUGAUCGCGUGGAAGACCUUCUCUCACCUCCCUGAGAUCAUUCGCCUGACCAUCCGCACAAUCAUGUGGCCGCUCCGAGGUGGCAGAUCCAUCCCCGCAGACUGCGAUGUGGGCAAACAGCUGCUCAACCUGGUGACAAAGUUCGGACUCCGUCCAUUUCUUCGUGGAUAUCCUUGAUUGAUUUCAGGCCCUAUCUCGCGCCGCUGGCCGUCCUCACGUGCUGAUGGGGCCGUACAUCGCUGAGAAGAUCGUAGACGAGGAGAGACGGGGGGUCCGACGCGAUGGCAUGCUGGUUGGGGAAAAGAAGCCGACUAAAGAGACACCUGAGCCCCUUUCCUCGUCUGUCAGAUCGAGUCGUUUCCUCCGAUGGCCAAGCUUAUCCUGGGAUUCGCACUGCAGUCAGACAGAGGGGGGAGACACAACGAAACGCUCAGCAAUGCGCAAAUGGGCUGUCUUCUUCAGAUGUCGCGAUGGCCACUACAGCAAGGCUGCGGAGAUGGUCGAGGAAUACGCUGCAAAGACGUAUGCCAUGACGGAAUGACGAACGAUGGCACACACGCACAUGCGCCACUCCUAUCUUUCCUUUAUGUGUGCAGGAGUGGCUCAGUUUGGCAAUUGCUGUGGGGCCCGGAGCGCUCUGGCUGUGCAUACUUCCACACGACCAACAUGCUGCCUUUGGCACAGGGCAUCGCCACGCCAUUGUUUGUCGCGAGGAAGUGGAAGGCCGUGCGCGACAUACUCCAGCGUAGGCAGGCCAUGGAUCGUCCAUCUUUUUUGCUUUUUGCCAACGUCGGUGACCGCUUUCUGCAGCCCUGGAUGUCGUGCAUGCUUUCACGCCUCACCUCGUCAUCGCUCUUGCCAUGGCUGGCCACGACGGCAAGUCAGAAACACUCCGUCAGCAAUACCUGCUGGUGACAAGAACCGCCAGGGCCCUCAGUGGUGAAUCUGUGAGUGAUGCGUUUUGUGUUUGUUGCCUGCAGGUGUGCAACUCCAUCUCUGGGGAGGCGUCGUGGAAGAAACGCCUCAUGCAGCGCAUGUAAACAUGAGGCCGUCUUCUCGUCGAUCAGUACGUACGGAUGUCUUUUUUUUUGUUUGUCUGUUUGUUUGGUUGUGUCAGGCGAGACCCCUGUUUGGCGUGGCUGGAGGUGUGCUACCACACAGGCCACCUCACAGACAUCCGCGAGCCGGACCUCCUCACACCGAUCAAACAGCUGCUCGAUGACGUAGGCAAACAAACAAACAAACCAGCCAGCCACACCCUCCUGGCUGAUGCGGCAUCCGUCGGUAGGCGUCGUCGACAGCCCAGCGUGUGUCUGGGGACCACACGGACUGGGUCAUCUGCCGGUUCCUCCAGGGUGGGUGACUGGCAUACAUGCAGUGGUGGUCGACUCUAUGUCUGCAUCCCUGUCUGCCUGCUCAGGUGUUGUGGGCCGGAAGGCCUUUGACUUGGACCGGCAGAGGAAGCAAAUGGACAUAGGGGAGCACUUCGGGGGGCUCUACGGACAUCCCGACACAGUCAAGGUCAGAACACCGAUUCAUUGGGAUGUCUGCCUCCCUGCCUGAUUGUUGUCGACGGUUGGUUGUUGUGUCUCUCCCUCCCUCCCCGCUGCAGGUGGAUUGGUUGCUGCCGUUCACCUUCUAUGAGUUGGCAGUGGUCCACCGCAUCAAUAGACGCUUCGCGGCUGCUAUACAGGCCCUGUUCAAUGCGCACAGGUACCCACGCCCAUACCUUCAGGGGGAAUGAGUGCAUCAGCCGAUCUUGCCUUUCGUUGCAGUGCGUCAUCGAACAUCAGUUGCGCCGCCCUCAAGACCAGAAUCGACCACCUCAUCUCUCUCGGUAACUUGAGACGAAAAGUCGCAACAGUGGCAGCUUUCUCUUCUUUCGCUGCCCUUCUUCAGAGCGUACCUACCUCCGGUCUGCCUUCUCUCCACCAUCCCGGCCAACCUCCGUCACGUUCAGUGCCCCAUCUGCCCCCAGUCACGAGAACGACACCCCAGAUCCGCAGCAGCAGGUGUCCCCUCGUGUCUCGGCUGGUCUGGGUAUCAUGUCGCCUCGCCCUCGGCGUAGGUCGCCAUCGCCGACCCACCAAGGGCAGAAGAAGAGGGGAGGGUGGUGCGUGCAGUGGAGGAAAAGGGGGGGUUGGUGCUUUAGGGGGAGUCGGAACAGGGAGGGUGAGGCAGGAGGGGUGUGA